GGAGUCAAUGCCCUGUAUGGGUCGGGCUGAUUGUUGAGAGUCAGCUAGCCACCCAGAUUCAUCAGGUGAUACAAAGGACCAUGGCAGCGUUGAACUUUAUGAAGAGUGCCGUGGAGUGUCAGGAGGAUCGCCGCCUGGCCCAGCCGCCGCACCGUGCGAGUGGGGCUCGUUUUAGCGGCACUCUCAAGACUGAGCCAGCUGACUUUGUUGUCGACGAAGUGGAUCUUGCUGGCAACGUGGUCACCCUCGAGACACAAUAUCAACCUCCGGAUGUAUUGUUGCUGCCCGAGGCCCCUAAAACGGAGGAGGCCGCAGCAUCAAACACCAUUCCGAGUGCUGCUAGCACAACUUCUGCUGACCUCGCUUGCAGCACGACCCCACCCCUCGAUAUUCUGGAGACGCACCUGCAACCUGGCUGGCAAAAGGGCCUGAACGCCUUUGAUCUCGAUCACCCUGCUACGCCCAUGCCCGAAAAGACCGUUUGUCUUUUCCGUGAUACCCUGGGAAAAGACGCGCGAGUCGACGUUUAUCGCGCCGUCAAUCAACUCUAUCCACAUUUGAUGUGCGAUGCGUUUCGUGGUGAGGACGACGAAAUGGCGGGCUUCACGGCACGGAUACACCCGGCCGCCCUCGAGUUGCGGGGACUGCUACCCACUGCUCAUCUGCAUGCCGUCUUUCGGCUGUUGUUCAAGCUUGAGCAAGGGCCUAUUCGAGUGCCUAUCACGGAAAACAAAGAGCAUCGCACGAAGAUUCACCACAUCGUCAACCGACAGCUGAAAAUGCUCACUACCAAAACCUUGCCAGGUCCAGAUGAAGACCUGUGCAUGGAAUUUCGCCUCCGCCCCAAGCGACAAAAGGCCAAGCGCACAGCAGCCGACCGAGAUGCGACUGAUCUAGUUUCGGUGACGGCCGUCGUCAUGCGCAAGCAGGGACUCGAGACUUCACAUUUUUUGGAAGAAAUCGCCAACCUCUUUGCCAUUCGCACAUCCCAUGUCGGCGUUGCAGGUACCAAGGACAAACGAGCCAUCACAACGCAGCUGCUGACACUUCGUGGUGUCACGCCAGCUCAGGUGCUUCAACAGCAACAGGCCUUGAGUGAUUUGCAGAUCGAACUCGGUGGUGCUUGGUUGGCCAGGGAGCAGUUGACGCUAGGUCAGCUCUAUGGCAACCGAUUCAAAAUUCUAAUUCGUGAUGUGACCCAUUCUCGCUCGGUUGUGGAUCAUGCGCUGAGCUUCUUGCGGGACAAUGGCUUUGUGAACUUUUAUGGCACGCAACGCUUUGGAAGCGCUGAUAGCACGGCCGGGCCUCAUCAAGUUGGCCGCCUUAUCCUGCAGCGCAAAUACCUGGAGGCUGUGCGCUUGUGGAUGGCGCCGGAUCCAGCAGACCGGAGCAUGGCCUCGAGCCGGGCGCGACAGCGCUUGGUGAGCUUUCCCUGGUCGCGGUCCCAGCUGGACCAGGCCCUGGCCAUGAUGCCUCGCUCUCGUGUCCAGGUCAUUCGCAUCCUGCAAGGACUGCGUCGCUUCGGUGUCAGUGAUGAGGGUGCACUGCAAGCCUUGAAAGGCCUUCCCUUCACGCAGCGUCUCUUUCCGGUGCACGCAUACACGAGCUAUCUUUGGAAUCAGCUCGCUUACCAACGCGUGGAGCGAUAUGGCCUUGGCGUGUGUGACUUUGACAAGGUGGAUCCCACGCGCCCGCGUAACCACUUUGCCGUCUUACUUGACAUUCCGGGGGAGGAUACCGUCUAUCCUCCCAAACUGCAAGAAUUGUACACCGAGCUUUUGCAGGAAGAUGAGGAGAACCUGACUUUAAAAAUUGAGUUACAUCUUCCAAGCCGCGCAAGACCUGCUUUUGCGCUUCACCCUCCUCCCCUGCCCGACAAACCGACCGCCCCUUGCACCCAUUCAUCUAUCGAGUUUGCAUCGCCCCCACCCUCUCCCUCUCUCAGAGCAGCUGCGUUGAUUGAGCCUGCGUGGCGGUUUCCCGAGGCUGGACCAGAAGACAAUCUUGGGCAGUGGAAGCAGCGGCUUCGUGGCUUUGCAGAGCAGCUCGGCGAAUAUCCCAUGGACCACUUUCUGGGGCGUGGAAUUGUCUUGACGACUGGGACUCGUUCGUAUUUCACCGCCGCCUACGUGAGCCUUCGCGUUCUGCGCGAGGUCGUCAAGACAACCUUGCCCAUCGAGGUCUUUUAUGGAGGCUCAGAGGAGAUGCCCUUGGAGGCGAUUGAGUAUUUAGAAUCCCAGUAUGACGUGACGCUGAUUGAUCUGACGGCUCAACCUGAGCUGCGCGGUGUGGACAUCAAGGGCUAUCAGAUGAAAGCCAUGGCCAUCAUGCUCUCCUCUUUUCAGGAAGUUUUGUGGCUGGACAGUGACAACAUGCCAUUGGAAGACCCUGCCCCGUUGUUUGACCUUCCGGUCUUCCAGUCCUCUGGGGCCAUCUUUUGGCCGGAUAUUUGCAACAUGAUCAGUGAGCGUGAGGAAACUUGGUCCUUCUUCGACCUUCCAGUGCCAGCCGACUUUACUCAGCCUCGACCUGGGAAGCGUACCAUUUGGCCGCCAUCCUGCUCAAGCUCGCGUUCCGUGGAGCUGGAAACGGGCCAAGUGCUCAUUAAUAAAGCCCUUGUUUGGAAGCCGCUGCAACUGCUGUACUGGAUGAACGUGCAUGCCAGUUUUUUUCUGGGUCGGCUCUUUCACGGUGACAAGAUGACGUUCCACUUUAGCUUUGCAUUUCUGGGACAAGAGUACACGCUUGUACCGUUUGCCCCGGCCUCGGUGGGCGUUGCUCGCAAGCUCAAUCAGCAGCCCGUUUUCUGCGGCAACACUCUGGGCCAGAAACACCCGACUGAAGACCGCGUCAUCUUCUUGCAUCGCAAUUCUGCCAAGUUCAAGGAUGCCAGCAGCUAUUUCAUGGAAGGCGAGCCCAAAAAAGUCUGGACCCACAUGAGCCAGCAAGUGUGGCGCUUUGAAGGUCAUGGCGCCGUCACGGGCUCGCCCAACCCGCUUCAGCUGGACAUCCCAGGCAACAAGCUCGCAGUCAACAACACCUAUGGCCUGCUUGCCUAUGCCCAGAGUGGCGGCGUUGGCCUGUGCCAGCUGGGCGCUGCCCUCACCGAAUGCCGACCCGCACACAAGGAGCUUGUCGUACCCGCCUCCCAGGUGACCGUGCAGACCAGUGAACAGCCCCAACACGUAGCUUUUAGCAGUGAUGGCGAGACUUUGGCCGUGGCUGUUGGCAAAGAAUGCCUCUUGUAUGAUGUAGCAGCCUGCUUUCAUCAAACCGAGCCGAUCAAGCCCUUUCAAACCAUUGCGGUCGCUGCCACCAUCCGCGACGUCGCAUGGAACCCAGGUUUUGGCGAACUCUGGAUGCACUCUUUCCUGCUGCUGGAUGAGGCCGGCAACGUGAGCUUUUACCGAGGUCCAGAGAAUGCAUUGGCCUUUCAAGAGGUGGCCAACGUGCCCGCUGCCCAUCCACUCAUCACCUCGAUUUCGUGGACGUGGCCGGGGAGCAAAGGCAAAGCGUUUGUUGCAGGUUUGGCCGACGGCUCCCUUCGGCGCUACAACCUCAAGCUCGAGGAUUGUGGAAACCCCUUGGGGGACCAGGGCUGCCCCUACCUCACGGCAGAACUCGCCGAAGAGUUUGAGCAACCUUUGGAUGACAUGCUCCCUGUCAAUGCAGUGGCCUGGGUCGACAAGGCCGCUUUUGUCAAGCGUCAUGGCGCACAGAUGGCAGCCACCCUUGCUCUCAGCGAAAAGGGUACAAGUACGCCACACUACUUUUUUGAUGAGCUUGAUGAGCCUCCCUUUGUCAAUGGCGAGUCGACCAAUGCGGAGAGCGCUGCUUUGUUGACCAUCCAACCCUGGCGCAUGGUGCUCCUGGGCGGCUCGAAUUGCGAUGCCGUUGACAUGAUCUUGGCUGAAAGUGAUGGUUCUUGGGCUAACGUCAAGCCUCUCGACGAUUUUCAGAUCCGCCUUCCUACAACGGAUGACGGUUCACCUGAAACUGUGGCUGGCAUGGCACUGGCUACCUGUCAGCCUGGCAGCCACCAAACCGUCUUGCCGACCGAGCCGCCGACUGCGAUCGAACUACCACCCAGCCCCAUCGUCACAAUCCUCACCUCCGGCGGCAAGAUCCUGUUCUAUCACUGCAUCAAUACUGAACAUGUCAUGGAUGCAGAGGGCGCUACCAAGGCGAAUGCGCGCUUUGCGCUGACGGAUAGCGGGUAUAGCUUCAUGACUGUUGCACAGUGUCUGCACUUGCCUCAAGAGCGUGGUGUUCCUCUGGGGCGCAAGAAGAAAGGGGCCGCACAGGCCAAGUCGGCGACGGCUGGCUCCACUGCCGCGCUGGAAGCCAAGGCAACUACUCCCGCAUCCAGCCUUUCUUUGGGCUCUACCGCCCCAUCAGGAGCUGCAGCUGGUGGCGUUGGUGCUGAUGCUUCACCGACGACAAUGACGGCCAAGCCUGGUAGCUUUGGUUCCCCAACUUCUUCUACCUUUGGAGCGACGGCGGCCAAGCCCCCUAAUUUUGGUGCCCCGAUCCCUUCUACAUUUGGAGCGACGGCGGCCAAGCCCCCUAAUUUUGGUGCCCCGAUUACCUCUACAUUUGGGACUCCAGCCUCAUCAACAACGACGGCGGCAGCGGCAAAGCCCGCUACGUUUCGGAGCCCCAUCUUCUUCUACCUUUGGAGUCCCGGCUUCAUCAACAACACGACGACGGCAGCGACAAAGCCCACUGCGUCUGGUGUCCCAUCUUCUUCUACCUUUGGAGCCCCGACCUCAUCAACAACGACGGCGGCAGCGGCAAAGCCCGCCAGUUUCGGAGCCCCAUCUUUUUCUACUUUUGGAGCCCCGGCCUCAUCAACAACAUCGACGUCGACGGGGGCCGCAAAGCCCACUGCGUUUGGUGUCCCAUCUUCUUCUACCUUUGGAGCCCCGACCUCAUCAACAACGACGGCGGCAGCGGCAAAGCCCGCUAGUUUCGGAGCCCCAUCUUCUUCUACCUUUGGAGCCCCGACCUCAUCAACAACAUCGACGUCGACGGGGGCCGCAAAGCCUGCUGCGUUUGGUGUCCCAUCUUCUUCUACCUUUGGAGCCCCGACCUCAUCAACAACGACGGCGGCAGCGGCAAAGCCCGCUAGUUUCGGAGCCCCAUCUUCUUCUACCUUUGGAGCCCCGACCUCAUCAACAACAUCGACGUCGACGGGGGCCGCAAAGCCUGCUGCAUUUGCUACUUCGAGCUUGGUCACUCCUGUUGCAACAAACACAACCACUCAGCCCUCAGCUUCGAAUGGUGGUUCUUUCGGAACGUUGGCCAGCCCCACCACUCUCGCAAAGCCUGCAGUUAAUAGUUCUUCAUCUCCGAAGUCUUCUACUUUUGGGGGUUUGAGUGCUUCAGGCAGUUCUGCCUUGUCGCCCAGCCAAGCACCAGUCCUUGCAAGUGCCAGUGCGGGUGCCAACUCAGCACUACCAGAGUCAGCAGCAGCGAUUACGCAUCCCAUGCUGAAAACAACAAACACCACCACGCCGGCUGUGGUAACAACGCCCUCUGCUCAAAACAAACCCAUUGGUGUUGCCACAGCAUUUGACAAAGCGUCCAAUGCAAAUCAAGCUGACCGCCCCAUCGUUGAGCAACUUGAACAGGGCCUCGCUCAGCUCAAUAAUGACUUAGCAGGGCUGUUUGCCAAAUUUGAGAAUGCAUGGUCUGAGCCUAGCCCUGCUGCAGAAAUCGAGAAGCAUUUGGAUGCUCUUGAUGGCCGUGCUCGAGCGCUCAAGGAAGCUGAUGUUGAACUGCACGAUGCACUCAUUCAAGUUGACGUCAGCCUGCAGCGUGCUGAUCGGGUGCGACCUGGCUACGACGCUGUCGGCCGUGUCGCCCUUCGUGAACGUCCCCUGAAUCAAGCCAGCCAACGACAGAUGGAGGACUUUUCUCAACGAUACAACGGACUUGUGGAGAGUUUGAAUGAGCUGAACCGCACUGAAAUUGCUCUUCGACAACAGGCAACUCAGCGCUCACCACAGGUGGCUUCACAGCGAGCUGCACAUGACCGUGCUGAUCUGGUAGCAGCUCGUGAAACGAUCGAAUGCCAUGGCACUAUCUUGAAGCAAGCGGUCGACCGUCUACGUGAGUUGGAGCAUGAGAUUGUGGUCAGCGAAUUGAACCUCCUUUCCCUGCGCACCAGCAACAUCCAAUCACGCCAUCCCCAAUCAAGUCCCUCAAAAGACGUCAGUGCAGCGCGGACCACGCCAUCCUCACGACAACGCCAUCAGGUCUCUUCUGUCCAAAGCUCGCUGCGCAAGCAUGUGCCAGUGCGCAGCGCCCAUGAUCUUACGGUGGAUAGCAUUCAGCUUGAUGGCAGCUACCUCGGCAGCGGUCCCAUUGCCAGCACUCCUGUGAAGGGAGCGUCGAGUGCUCUCUCCGUUAACUCAGCGCCGAUUCGCGCCCAUACAACAAGUUCCGAAAAGCCAACCUUCAAUUUACCCGAGGUCAUGAGCGCUACUUCUUCCGCAUCGGCUGCGCCAUCUUCUGCUUUAACUACAACAGCCGCGGCCUGUACGCCUACCACGACGGCUGCACCGACACUUGACUUUGGUGCCAAGCCUGCUACAAGCACGUCCACAGCCACGACGGCAGCACCGACACUUGGUUUUGGUGCCAAGCCUGCUACAAGCACGUCCACAGCCACGACGGCUGCACCGACACUUGGUUUUGGUGCCAAGCCCGCUACAAGCACGUCCACAGCCACGACGGCAGCACCGACACUUGGUUUUGGUGCCAAGCCUGCUACAAGCACGUCCACAGCCACGACGGCAGCACCGACACUUGGUUUUGGUGCCAAGCCUGCUACAAGCACGUCCACAGCCACGACGGCAGCACCGACACUUGGUUUUGGUGCCAAGCCCGCUACAAGCACGUCCACAGCCACGACGGCAGCACCGACACUUGGUUUUGGUGCCAAGCCCGCUACAAGCACGUCCACAGCCACGACGGCUGCACCGACACUUGGUUUUGGUGCCAAGCCCGCUACAAGCACGUCCACAGCCACGACGGCAGCACCGACACUUGGUUUUGGUGCCAAGCCUGCUACAAGCACGUCCACAGCCACGACGGCAGCACCGUCACUUGGUUUUGGUGCCAAGCCCGCUACAAGCACGUCCACAGCCACGACGGCAGCACCGUCACUUGGUUUUGGUGCCAAGCCCGCUACAAGCACGUCCACAGCCACGACGGCAGCACCGUCACUUGGUUUUGGUGCCAAGCCUGCUACAAGCACGUCCACAGCCACGACGGCUGCAUCGACACUUGGCUUUGGAACCCAAGGCGCACCCAAGAGUGGAAGCCAACCAGUCGCUUCAGCCAGCACUUCGAGCAAGCCAGUGUCAACAAAGGCGAGUUUAGACGAUGAAGAGGAUUCUUCCGAGGAGCGUGGCAAUGAGAACGAUGACAAUCAGGACCAUGACGAGGAUUACGACGAGGACUAUGACGAGGACUAUGAUGAAGAUGAAGAUGAAGAUGAUAAUGAUGAUGAGGAAAACGAGGAUGAAGGCAAUGAGGAGGAUGAGGACGUCGCUUACACGGAAGACGAUGAAGAGGAUGUUGACAUUGAUGGUGUGGUUGUCGAGGAUGACGACAGCGGAGGCAACGAUGGGAGUGAAAGUGACACAGCCAAAAGCAAGUCAGCGUCACCUGGCUUGGUCAACCCUUCCUUUGGCCAGAACACAACUGUCAAGGCACCCUCUUGGGCCUCAACAACGACAGCAACACCCAAAGCAUUGGGAGCAUCGGCUACCUCUGCCCCCAGUAUCUUUGGGCAAGGAGGGACAACGGCGGCUAAAGGAAGUAGUGGCCUCUUUGGCCAAUCAACUGCUGCAGCCUCUUUCGGGCAGCAGUCAGGUAGCUCGUCUGCCACAAAUGCUUUUUCUGCAUCAGGUCUGUUUGGCACAAAGAAAGAGUCGCCUGCUUCUGCCACGCUAGCGUCCCAAACGACUCCAACCUCGACGCCAAGCUCGGGUGGAAGCAAAGGGUCCUUUGCAUCACCAACCGCUGUAAAUGCUGCAAAACCAUCCCUUUUCGGCAGCCCUGCAACCACUGCAGCGUCCACGACUGGAACGACCACAACUCCAUCGUCUAAGCCCGGUACUGCUGGCACAGGCUUGUUUGGGGCUUCUUCUUCCACUCAAAACAAUGAGCCCUCGGGCUUGGGUUCAAUGAGCCUGGGUGGUAGUGGCCCCAGUGGCAAUGUAUUUGGUAGUGACAUGGGUAGUAGCGCCGCCAAGGCUGGUAACGUGUUUGCAACUAGUAGUCAAGCCAACACAGCGGCGGCAACGUCAACACCGAACCAGUUUGGCAGCUCAGGAGGCAGUGGAACGGGAGCGGCAGGCUUUGGCCAAAAAACCGUAUUCGGCAGCUCGGCGUUUGGCAAUAGUGGUGCAAGUCCCGCUGGUACCUCGAUGUUUGGCAACAGUGGCGCCAAUGCUACUGGCGGCUCGGCUUUUGGAAGUACAAAUGCUACUGGCGGCUCGGCCUUCAUUAGCCCGAGCACUGGGGGUAGUUCAAUGUUUAGUGGCGGCACGAAAGGCACGGGCAGCUCGGCGUUUGGCGGCGGCGGCGUGACCAACGCCAGCAACUCUGUGUUUGGUGGUGCCGCCACAGGCACCUCAGGAUCUGCCUUUGGGUCCCCCUCGGGCCAGACCAGUGGGGCCUUUGGCAGUGGCAGCCGCACAUUUGGAUCAACAGCCGGAGCGGGUGCCGGCUCGAGCUUCUCUGCCUCCCCUACCAGCCAGUCUUCCAUGUGGGGCACAGGUGGCUUUGGCCAGACGCCCACCUUUGGAUCAAGUCUCGGGGCUUCUUCGCCUUCAGGAAUGUCGGGUGGCUUUUCAAAUCAUGCCGGCAAUGGUGGAUUUGGCCAGCUGGCUUCCAGCGGUGGCAACAACGGUUUUGGGAGCAGCAGUGGUGGCGGCAGUGGUGGCUUUGGCGCCCUCGCUUCGCAGUCUUCGGGUGCCUCGGGUGGUUUUGGUGCCGUGGCGGGUCGCGCCAGCGGCUUUGGUACUACUCAAGCAGCUCCAUCUAGCUUUGGUCAAAGUAAUUUUGGCAAUCGCAGUUCAGCUGGAGGCAGUGGAGCUCUCUUCCAGGCUCGCAAAUAG